UCAGCUGGGUGUUUCCAUGACUUGAUUGUGUGAUUACUUGUUGUCUGAUGACUUAUUUGUCUAGUUGACUCACUUGUCCACUUGUUUGUACCUGGCUCACAUUCUGAUCAUUUGUGAACUUGUUACUAUAUUAUAAAGUGUGAUAAGACCACCAUGCUUAAAAUACUUUUGAUUUCUCACAAGGCAUCGGAAACAUUUAUUCCACCACAGGCAGCAAUAAAUAGGCUGCAGGUCUCGUCUUGAGGAGGAGGACGUGAAGACAUGGAUCCAACACAGUUUGAACACGGCGCAAAGCCCGGCGACCUCAUCGAGAUCUUCCGUGGAUCAUUUGAGCACUGGGCUGUCUACAUUGGCGGGAAUGAAGUUGUUCAUUUCACGGGCGGUGACUCGGGCUCUCUUGGGAACACGUUGCUGGCCCUGACCGCCAGCGUCGCCCAGGUGAUGCGUGACAAGAUCUGGGAGGUGAUUCACGGCGACCGUUUCCAAAUCAACAACCUGCUCGACGACAAGUACGAGCCUCGAGAGCGCCACGUCAUCGUGAGGGAGGCCUGCAGGAUGGUGGGCUCGGUGCUGAAGUACAGCGUCGUCUCUCUGAACUGUGAGCACUUUGCCACCAAGCUACGCUACGGCCGGCCGGAGUCUCGACAGAGACGUUUCCUGGAGGUGCUGGCUGGUCCUCUGCUGCCCUCCCGACAUCUGCAUCUGGCGCGUGGGAGUUCCUCUCCUGUAGGGUGGCGGACAACGGUGUACAGGAGCGCAGCGAUCUGCCCACUCAUCCUGUGCACCAGCCGGUGACCGGUGGCCCGGGGCCUGUCGAAGGCCCUGGCCACCACCCGAUAGGAGGUGGCGCUGGCAAGCCAAAAAAUAAAAACUAGACAGGAGAUCUCGGGGCCCCAACCGUGGUCAGUCAGUGCCCAGCACAGCCAUGAGGGCGUUGAAUGACUCUCGGUGAGCCUGAAGUCCACCCUCAUGUCACUGUGGCCAUCACAACACAACGCCAGCAGUGGCAUUGCAACAUUGAUACGGCAGCGCCGCCUGGGACUGGGUGGCUGCUGUAGAGUGUGGGGAGGGGAAGGGAAGGGAAGAUUAUAUUAAUAUGUAAGUCAUUUUAUCAAUAAAAUGUCGUCAUUGAG